CACCUGUCGAGUGGGCGAAACGAAGAUGGCGACCGAAGCCAAGCGCGGCAUCGUCGGCGUCCGCGGCACUUGGAUGUGGCGGGACCGUGAUGUCGUCAUCAGCAAGACUGGCGACCUCUUUGUCUAUCGCAAAGGCACGAGCACCCUCAAGCUCAAGAUUCAUCUGUGGGACCCGGCCGUGCAGAUCACGUUCCACGCCGACGACACCCUGCUUCAGAUCAAGACGCGCAGCGACGACGUCCUCUUCGACUGCAAAGAGACUAGCCACCGUGACGCAUGGCUCGCCGCCAUUUACACCGUGCAGGCCGCGGCACCGCCAGUGCGAUCGUCCUCAGCGCCCGGUGUCGUAGCGCUUGACGACUCGGACGACUCGGACGACGGCGACUUUGAGAUUUACGCUGAUGAGACCGAGACACUUGCGGCCUUUCAGAACGUGCGCCGCUCGAUCACGUGCGAUCUCGGCGUCGACGCCAGCGAUGGCAACGACACGGCGACGUUGAACGAGGCGGAGAAAGCCAAGCACUGGAACGCUUUGGCCGCCUUUAUCGAACACGUCGACGGCGCUGGGCGCAGUGUGCUCUUGCACUGGGAUGUUCUUCUCACACUUCCGGUCGGCCUCUCGAUGGCCAACCUCUUGACGGCGCUUGGCGAACGUAAUCGACCGGCGACGUCUCCUACGGCCGCGCCACAAGCUCGACCGCGCAAGACGUCGGCGUCGCAAAAGACACUGGUGACCGCAUUUGUGCGAGACCUCCUCUUCCACCCGACGUACGGCCACCGACUCGGGAAGGAUGCGACCAUGGCGGCCAACGUCCACCUCAUUGACAAGUACUUUCCGCAUUGCCGCCUUCGCCGGUUCAGCAACUUGGACGAUAAGGACCUGCCCGUCGUCGUCGCGGCCCAUCAACUCGUUGAGCCGUCACCGCCGCCUACCAUUAGCGUUCGGCUCAUGCCCCAGCGCGGGAACCGGCACAUUCUUCUGUCAGACAAGGCUAUAGCACCAGCCUCGACGCCGCCGCCACCGCGUGGCAGCUCGCCGCUCGCGACGCUUCAAACACUGCGCUCUGUCUUGGAGAAUCACCGCCUCACGCCCGAGGCCUUUGCGGAGCAGUGUACGCUUUUUCACCGAUCGCAGCUCGGCAAAGUUCCGCUACCGACUUUUCUCGGGCCUGCCACGGACGAGCAAAAGGCCAUUUCGGACCACUUCAACAAACUCACCGCCUAUCUGGUGUGGUCGGUCAUUGCUGAAGAGAGUCCGCUCGAACGCGCGCAGGCCAUCGAGACCAUCACGGCGAUCGCGGUUGCCGCCAACGGCCACGACCUCAACAACUUUCACCUUGUCAUGGCGAGCAUCGGGUGCCUCGGUGACACGCCGCUCAUGCCAUCGCGCCUGCCUGCCACGUGGAAGCGCGUGCGCGCCAAGUGCAAAGCCCAGCUCUUUGAAUUACGGUCGCUCUGCGACCACAAUGGCGGCUUUGAGACGCUUCGGAAGAAGCAGUUGCUCAUGAGCGGGACCGCCGCGACAUUGCCGUUUUUAGGUGUCGUCGGCGCGGCACUGGAGCGGCUGCGCACCACGCCGCUCUUCACUGGCGGGCGCAUCGACGUCGAGAAGCUCACACGGCAGUACGAUGCCCUUUGCGUCGUCGAGAAUGCCCUCGAGCGCAGCUAUGUAUUCGAGCCCCACGCUAGCAUCCAGGCGUUUCUGCAAGGACUGCCGCCACCGAUGGACGGGCUCCAGUCCCGGUCGCUCGCCCUUCAAAGCAUCGAAGCCUCGUACGGGUCAACCUCCACUUUUCGUGUCGCAUCGUUUGGUGACGGACCCCCGCGGUGGUCGUCGACGUCGUCCGAGGCGAGCCGCGUCGUGCCCUUCAAGUAUGCGUGCGCGCUUCAGCGCACGGUCCCGGACGCCAAGGACCGCCUCGCUCUCUACAUGGAGCUGCUGCUCGUGUCGGACAAGACGCCUGUGCUGAAGCUUGUCCAGAGCCUCUUGCGCGAUGUCCACGAGUCACUAUUUCGCACGUCGACGCAAGCGACGUGCGACCUCCUCGUCGCGCGCUGGGACGGACUCGUGACGGCGAUGGUGACGUACUGUCUACCAGAGAUCGUCGACGUCGUCGGACCUGACGGCGCACUCGAGCCACUGCUCUACGAGAGUGUAAUCCGCGCUGUCUUUCCCGCGUUUGCGCGCGGUGUCUACUGCAAAGUGGUCGCCGAGCAUACGACGACGAGCAUAGAAAGGAGGAUGCGCGAUCCCUCGAUACAACUGCACCCGCUGGACGCGUUGGUCGCACCGACAAGUCCUAUCCAUGCACUGCAGCUCAUUGCCGAUGUGCUUGCAACGUUGCCGACGGCAGCAGCCGAGUACGAGUUUCAAAAGGUGCUCCACACAAGCCGUGUACCAAACCCACGCGCAUUGCGGGUCUUCAUGGCGGCGUCGCUCGACCCGACCAAGCUCCGAGACACACUGCGGCAUGCGCUGGCCGUAUACACACGUUGCAUUGUCGACUUGGCAGAAUGAGUAGGACAAGAGUACCGUCGUACGGUGCUGCUUGCACCGAUACCCGAGCUCUUUUGAUUGCAAAUUUCAUAUGUAGAAGAAGGAAUGUCCUUUGCACGCAUCAUUAUUUUGUACAUGGCCAAUCAAUGACCGAUGUAUCGGAUUUUUGGA